AUGACGCUCUCACUCCCAAAGAUUGGGAUCCUUUCCGUCGGAGACAUGGGGAUGGGCAUCGCUAAACUGCUUGUCUCCAAAGGCUUCUUAGUCGCCACAAAUGGUCAAGGUAGGAGCCCGGCAACAAUCGCCAGAGCCCGCAGCGCCAACGUUGAGGUCCUAAGCUCCGACGUUCACCUUGUUGAGUCGCGACCGUUCAUCCUCUCCGUCGCACCACCGCGAGACGCGCUCAGCAUCGCUCGACGCAUCAUCGACGCGGCAGCAACAACAAAACUAGAAAAGCCGCUUUACUUCAUCGACCUCAAUGCCGUCUCGCCAGCCACCUGCAAGCAAAUGAGCCAGAUGUUCAAAGAAGCCAAGAGUCCCGUCCGUUUUGUCGAUGGCUGCAUCAUCGGCGGGCCGCCAAAUCUCAAGCUCAAUAGCGCAGCGGAGCAAUGGUACGUCCCAAGCAUGCCGGCAUCCGGACGGUAUCCCAUCAGCGAAGCAUGCGCAGAGCUCGCAGAGGCAUUGAACAUGCGCCACAUCUCAACCGAGGUCGGCGCAGCGAGCGGGUUGAAGAUGUGCUUCGCGACGACGACCAAGGGCUUCAUGGGUUUGGCGAUUCAGGCAUUCACCACAGCGUCCAAGCUCGGUGUCGUGGAUGAGCUGCGCAACGAGAUGAGUGAGGCGGCGCCGGGCUUGCUCGAUUUUGCUGAAAAGUCUGUCCCGCUUGUGCCGCCAAAGUCGUACCGGUGGGUGCGGGAGAUGGAGGAGAUCUCCAAUACCCACCGCGCCGAGGGCGGCUUUGAGGCUGAGAAUGAUGUGUUCCGCGGCAUGGCGGAUGAUCCCGUCCUAGGUACCGAGAAGGUUGGGGAGAGGAAACGGGGGACGACGAUCGACGAUCUGGCUGCUGCGCUUGGGGACGGCUUGGCCACCAGAAAGCAAGAUAAGUCUGAUUGA